UAAAAGAAAAGGGACCCUCCUUCAUUAUUUUUGGAAGAUGACAAAGAACCAUCCUCUCACUCACACACCCUCAUAUCAUUUCGACCCUAGCAUCAAUUAGGAAGGAAUAGGGUCUCAAAAACAUCAUCUCUACCACUUUACUCGAACCAAGAACAAGGAGGAGGAAGCAACCAAGAAAAGAGAAGAAAGAAUAGGAAAGAAAGAGGAAAACUUGGAAAAUCAAGGAAUUUUACCAAGGUAUUAUAGACUUCUCAAGAAAUCUAGGAGUGGCCGGAAAAGUCGCCGGAGCCGCCGGAGUUUUUGCCGGAAAAUUCCAAAAGUUACCGGAGUUCAAACGAAGAUGAUAAAAGCUCGCUAGCGUCAUUUCAAGGUUGAAGCUAGAGCUUACUUCCAACACCCGUUGUUCGGGAGAUCGAUGGAGAGAAGACGUGGUUCGUGCUUCCUCUGGUUCUAUUCCUAAAUAAUUAAAUAAUGCUCAUGGAACUAUUUGUGACUUAUAAAUUAAUGGAGCAUGUGAGCUCUUGUUUUACCCUUGUGUGCGUUCUUAUUAAACACUUAUAUUCCGCUAUGUUUUUAAUUGUAUGUUGAUGUUGUUAUGUAUGUUUACUAAUCGGUUUUGGCAUAUGAAUCUAUCGGACGUCUUGUGCAAUUUAGUAAGGAUGAACUGCGGUUAUUCUUAUUGAGUUGUACGACGGUUGUCUACGUGGCACUGACGCGGUCUGGGGCGUGACAUGUUGGGCGAUUUGGGAUGCCCGAAAUAUGAAAGUUUGGAAGGGUGCUAAAGCAUUGGCGGAGCAAGUAAUCAACCAAACGUCCUCUUUUCUUACUAGUUGGAGACGAGCACAAGAGCUUGAGAAAACGACACUGCCAGAUAGAAGUGCUCAUGAUCUGCUAUGGAGAAAACCGUUAGGGAGCACUAUAAAGAUCAACACGGAUGCAUGUGACUCUACAGGAGCUUUUCUAGCGGGGGAGGCUAUCUCGGGGCGGGGGAAAUAUCUACCGCGAGAGGUGGAAGCUUUAAGCAUAAGGGAAGCGAUGAGCUGGGUUAUGACACAAGGAUGGGAUAACCUUGAAAUUGAGUCUUGACGCUUCUCAGGUAAUUUCAAGCAUCCAAGCAGGGACCAGAAAUUCAAGUUUCAGUCUGCUCAUUGAGGAUAUUAAAACUAUGGUGGCUAGUUUUUCUUGUAUUUCUUUUGGUCAUAUGAAACAGUCUGCGAAUCGUGUUGCUUACGGUCUAGCUAGAGCGGCAGGUUCAAUGUCUGAUCGUGCGAUGUCGAUUUCACAACCGCCAUUAUGUAUCUAUGACAUGUUGACUCAUGAUUUAAUUAAUGAUAGUUAAUCGUUUUU